AUGCUCGCUGCUUCGAGCUCGAACCACACCAAUGGCAACACCCCGGGCAUAGGCAGUGCGAUGAACCACCCGCACAGCCUGCACAACUUGCCCAAGUCGAAUCCGGCGACACCGACCUUUGCGCCCCCCACUUUGGGUUCCAGCUCGAGUUCGACUUCGACCACGACGACGGGUGGCCAGCAGCUGCAGCAGCUGCAGCAGAGACCGGCCACUGCAUCGGCUGUACUCGCUUCGGCUAGCACAAGCACCAGUCUCGCCAAUAGUAGCAUGCGCAAUGGCAGCACCGCACCCCACUCGGCCACCCGAUCGGACCCACUCCCCACCAUGAUCGACGGCCACGACCCACUCACCACCGGCCGCAACUACCUCGAGCUCAUCCGCAGCUGGGACGACGACGACAUCGCGCGCUGGUUGAACGAGAUACGCGUACCCCAGUAUGAACCCCUGUUCCGCCAGAACGACAUCCGAGGCACGGUCCUGCUCGACGUCGAUCAGACCGCGCUCAAGGAGAUGGGCCUGCGCAGCGUCGGCGACCGCGUAAAGAUCGUCGUCGCCAUCAAGAACCUCCGCCAGCGCUGCGUCAAACAGGCUUUCAACGAGCGAGCCAGCGUCAGGGCCCAGCAACUGCAGCAACAGCAACAGCACUCGCUUCCGUCACCGGCUCGUACCGGUCCCAUCCUACCACCGCCGAACGGAGGGCUGCUCGCCAGUCGCAAGGUCGGCAGCGGUCGCAUCUCGGGCAGGAUACCGCCCCCCUUGCACCUCGCCAACUCCAACACGGUCCCUUCCCUCUCCAACUCGGACGUACCUCAAGCGUGGCAAGCUUCGGUCCCGAACUCCAAUUCCGCCUCGACGGUGACUCUGGGACGAUCCAGCUCAUUGGCCUCAAAACCGUUGGGCGCACCCCCACACUCGCUGGCCGCAGCAAGGGCCGCCUCGCCUGGCCAACAUCGAUUGGGCACAUCUCCCCCAACCUCGGCCUCGUCGCUGAACCAUCUUGGUCGCACACCGAGCAUCUCGACCACUGCCGCAAGCCCAUCUCGUCCCAACUCAACUCUGACCGUUUCGGGUGGUGGCGCCUCGACCUCAAACUACCACCUGCGCACGGGGCCCGCGACCUCGGCAGGACCACGAUCCGCACAGCUCGCGCAACCCGUCAUCUCUCCCCAACACCGUAAAUCGUCGUCAACGUCCGUACCACCACGGCCUCCUCCGCAUGGUAACUCGCCGACGCAGGAAGGAUUCAGCAUCGCGACAUACGGUCGAGGAAGUCCGGCCCCUUCGACGACGCCCAAGUUGUUACCUUCUCUGGUCAUUGGCGGUGCGCAGAUGGGUACCUCUUCACCUACUGGGUUCGACAACCCGACCGUCUCGAAUCUCUCCCGAUCCGCCUCGCUCAACGCCCGACCAGGAUCCGCGCCCAGUAUCCCAGCCUCGACGAGCACCUCGAGCCUCAACGCCGUCAUGCGCAAGGCCGUCAAGUUUAUCGGUGACGAUGGCGUGAGCAAGAUGAUCGCUGUUUCAGAUUGUCGAGAUGGUCGAGAGGUGAUGACAAGGGUCGUCAAGAAGUUCAUGCCUGUUGCCACGGCGGCCCAUCUGGGGUCACCUCAGCUUGAUGUCGAUGAGCUUGAUGAUUGGGAGGUCUAUGCACUGGCGGCUGAUGGGUCGUGUGAGUGCAGUUUGGAGUUUUGUGCUGACUUCAUAUUGGUAUACUGACGGAUGCAUGUAUUGAAUGCCAGCCCGCCUGUUGAACGAGUCCGAGCUGCUGCGAAUCUGUCAAGAAGCCGAUGCGCCGGAGCGACAGCGAGGUUUGGGGGUCCGCAGCGUGCGACAAGCCGAACUCGACCAGUCGGCACGAGGUAAACGAGGACGCAAGCUACGAUGGGUCUUUGGGGAAGCCAACACGCCCGACUCAAAUAGACCUGGAGGCGUCGCCGCUUCUCCGACCUCACCGGGUCACUUGACAUCCGAAAUUCCAUGGACUUCGGUCGAACCGGCCUCGCCUUCCUCUGUUAUUUCUCCCAUCUCCCCCGAGGAGCGAGCCGAUUCCCAUUCGACACUGCCCAACUCGCUCUCACUAGGCAAUAACAGCAACAAGCGAAUGACGAAUCGCGCUUCGGUUGUUUCCGUCAUGUCCGGUCUUGGAGGCGCCGAUCCCGACUCACCCUCAUCGCGCGACACGGUGCGCACUUCACCUUCCGCUUCGAGUGGUCUGCUCAAUUCGGGACGUCGACUACGCAGUUUCUUUGGCCAACGUCCCCCAAGCGAGUUGAUCGCAACGCAUUUGACCGAAUACUUCCCCAAAGCGGAGAAGAACAAACUUCUCUCGAAGCAGGUACGCCAAUCGAUGCGCAAAUCGAUGGUCCGGCGCGACUCGGCCGCUUCGUUCGGUCAUACCGCCGGUGGCUUUGGGAAUGGUGGGCCUGUGCCUCCUAUGCCUGGUUCGACGAGUUGGGAAAGGACACCGAACGAUCGUGCAAGCUUGGCGUCGAGACAUUCGAGUUCGUCCGGCAGUAGUGGGGCGAAUGCAACGGCGGGUGAGGUGGGGGCGGGUGAUUUGGCCGCUUUGGGAGCCGGAUUGAGGACGACGUCCGACGAUUCGGCUCGAUCGGUCGUUUCGUUGCUUGAACCGAUGGCGGAGAGCGCAGAGACGGGUCUGUCGAACGAGGACGUGGGCAAGAUGGCGCAUCCGAGACCGCCGCCACUCGAUCGAAGAGGAAGUCGGUUGAGCGUCGCCAGUUCCAAGUUGUCGUUGUACGAGCGACGCAAGUCGCGCGCCGAUUCGGAUGCGGCGAGCGUGUUGACGGUCGAUGAUGUGACGGCCGAGCUGGAGACGAGGAGGGCGAGCAUGUUGAGUUAUGCGGAGUCCCAGUCGGAUGAGAGUGAUGCGGGCGGGGAGGGGAGCGUGAAUGCUGGGUUGAGGCCGCCGAGUAUUGCCUUGUCGAUGGAGGAGGAGGUUGAGGAGGAAGAUUACGACGAAGACGAGGAUGAUGACCUGGAGGAGGACGAGGAGGAAGAUGAAGAGGUUGACAAGGCUGAUGAUGUAUCGAGUGAGUUUUUGCGUCGCCUUUCUUUUCUAGCUAGGUAGAGUCGCUGAUGCUGGCCGGGAAACUCACAGGCAAACCAGCGAUCAAGUGGAUCAAGGGCGCUUUAAUCGGUGCCGGAUCGUUCGGAUCCGUCUUCUUGGGUAUGAAUCCCAUGUCCGGGUUGCUCAUGGCCGUCAAACAGGUCGAAUUGCCGACCGGCAACUCGCACAACGAGGAACGGAAAAAGUCGAUGCUCGAAGCUUUAGAGCGCGAGAUCGAGCUGCUGAAGGAUCUUAGGCAUGAGAGUGAGUGACUCUAAAUCUGCCCAAGUCUCGGAUAUACUCAUUUAACUUUUUUCUUCUUUCGAUUGCAUAGACAUCGUGCAGUACUUUGACUCGUCGACGGACUCGACCCACCUCAACAUUUUCCUGGAAUAUGUCCCGGGCGGAUCCGUCGCCGCGCUCCUAUCCAACUAUGGCGCCUUCGAAGAAGCGCUAGUGUCCAAGUUCGUGCGACAGAUCCUCACGGGUUUGGCGUACCUCCAUGAUCGGGAGAUCAUCCAUCGCGAUAUCAAAGGUGCGAAUAUCUUGGUUGAUAACAAGGGCGGGAUCAAGAUCUCCGAUUUCGGGAUCUCGAAAAAGGUGGAAGACAGUACGUUCGCCUGCACGUUCAUCAGUUUUUUACAUAGGUGGAACGAGAGCACUGACAAAGUAAGGUGGGGCUUUAGACUUGCUUUCCGGAGCCAAAGUGCACCGUCCUUCGUUGCAGGGUUCGGUGUAUUGGAUGGCGCCCGAGGUCGUCAAGCAGACGUCGUACACGUCCAAAGCCGACAUUUGGUCGCUUGGUUGUCUGGUCGUCGAGAUGUUGACUGGGGCUCCACCAUGGGCCAAUUUGACGCAGAUGCAAGCCAUUUUCCGAGUGAGUUGCGUUUCUAUCCCGGUCUAUCCCGGACGCUGGCUCUGUGAGCUGACUCAGUAACUUGAUGACUCGACCCACUCAGAUCGGCUCGAGCGUCCGCCCGACGAUCCCAGACGACAUCUCCAACGACGCCGACGACUUCCUCGAACAAACCUUUGAAAUAGACCACGAAGCCCGGCCCUCCGCUCUCGAACUCUUGAGCCACGGUUUCAUCAAGGAUCCGGAUCAUACGAUGACGAGUCAACAGACGCCGACGAGGGCGACUUUUUCGCAGACGAACCAUCCGACGGGUUGA